AUGACACCCAUCAUAACCCUUGAAGAGCACUACAUCUCCUCCGCCAUCCGCGACGCCUCCGAGACAGACCACUACGCCGUCUUCCCCUCCCAAAUCAUCUCCAAACUCAACACUCUAAGUACCGAGCGUCUUCAAGACCUCGACAACGGCCAUGUUUCUCUGCAAGUAAUCUCCCACGGCCCCGGCGCCCAGCCACCAUAUUUGUGUCAAGCCGCAAACGACGAACUCGCCUCCGCCAUUUCUGCAAACCCGACUCGUUUCGCUGGUUUCGCGCUUUUACCCAUAGCUGAACCACAACUCGCAGUGCAGGAGUUGGAGCGCUGCAUAACACAGCACAAGUUUGUGGGUGCUUUGAUUGACAACCACACAAACGGCCAGUUCUAUGAUGAUCAGAAAUUCUGGCCUGUCUUUGAGAAGGCGCAGGAAUUAGAUGCGCCGAUUUAUAUUCAUCCUUCGUACCCCGACGAGGAAUCUGGGGUGGCUGCUCAUUACCGGGGUAAUUAUGAUGAUCGAAUUGCCGCUGCUCUGGGUGCGUAUGGUUGGGGCUGGCAUUCUGAUACCGCCCUUUCGAUCUUGAGGCUUUUUGCCGCUGGUCUGUUUGAUACAUACCCCAACAUCAAAAUCAUUAUUGGCCACAUGGGGGAAAUGCUACCCUUUCAACUCGAGCGGGUGAUUGGGAUUGCGUCAAGGUUCGGAAGAUCGCGAGGACUUAGAGAAGUAUGGACGCAAAACAUCUGGGUGACAACGAGUGGAAUGUUUGCGUUGGCGCCAUUGGCGUGUUUGUUGCAAACCAUGUCGAUUGAGAGGGUGUUGUAUAGUGUUGAUUAUCCGUUUUCGGCGAAUGAGAAAGGGUUUGCCUUCUUGGAGGAGAUUAAGAAGAGUGGGUUGAUCAAGGAAGGGGAGGAUUGGGAGAGGUUUUUGUAUAAGAAUGCGCAAGAGUUGCUGAAGGUGAAUGUUUGA